UUAGAAUAUUUAUUUUUUGCAGUCAUGGUUCGUUUGUGUUUGAGAAGAGAUGCUAAACGACAAAAAAGGCUAUUAGCUAUGUUUAAAUUUUAUAUGGAGAUUUGUCGUGCUGUUAGUUCAUUCUUGACCUUAUUGUCUGCAGCAUCGACUUUAUGUACUUAUAGGCCAAGAGUAAGAUCUUAUGCAUUAGAUUUUGCUACAAAUCGAGAGUAUGUGAGGCGACUUGUGUAUGAUAAUGAUAUUUCAUGUAUUUCACAAAUUGGGAUGAAUACGGUUACCUUUUUUAAAUUAUAUGAAAUGUUAGAAAGUAUUGGAGGGUUGAAGUCAACAAAGAACAUGCUUGUAGAUGAGCAAGUUGCAAUAUUCUUACAUAUUAUUGCUCAUCAUGUUAAGAAUCGAGUAAUUAGUUUAAAUUUUAGAAGGUCGGGUGAGUCAAUUAGUCGGCACUUUCAUAAUGUUUUGGCUGCAGUCUUGAAAUUGCAAGAACAUUUGUUUAGAAAACCUGAGCCCAUUCCAACAAACUCAACAGACAAUCGGUGGAAGUGGUUUAAGAAUUGUUUAGGUGCUCUAGAUGGGACAUACAUCAGAGUUAAGGUGCCAAGUGCAGAUAAACCUAGAUAUCGCACUCGUAAAGGGGAUAUUGCAACAAAUAUGUUAAGUGUAUGUACACCUGACAUGCAAUUUGUCUUUGUUCUUCCUGAUUGGGAAGGGUCUGUAGUUGAUGGCAGAGUUCUUCGAGAUGCACUAAGGAGAAGAAAUGGACUUAAAGUGCCUCAUGGUUGUUACUAUCUAGUUGAUGCGGGCUAUACAAAUUGUGAAGGCUUUCUUGCACCUUUUAGGGGUCAAAGGAGGGAGAUGAGUUUUGAUCCUAUUGAAGUGGAUUUAGGGGAAUAUGUUGAAACCAACAUAGCAGUUGAUGAGGAUUUUAUAAGUACUAUUGAUCCUACUGAUGUUUGGGGUAAUUUCAGAAUGGAAUUAGCAAAUCAUAUGUUCAAUGAAUGGCAAGCAUCUAGGCAAAAUGAUGAUUGA